CUUAGACAGAGAUUGAGUUAUAAAUCUUGAGAUCUCUGUGUAAUCAUGAACUCUCGUUUGAGUAACGUGACUCGCACAAAGCCAUCUCCUAUAUUUAUUGAACGAGAGAGAGACCCACUCUACACUCCAAACCAGAAUUCUUCUUCUUAUUCUCUCUCUUAUAGAACUCCAACUUAGAGGAGACAAUGAAGUUUUCUUGCUCAAAACCAGUGUUGUUCACUUGUGCAAUCCUUCUCUUGCUCAUUGUUGCUCAAGAAAACAGAGUUGUUGCAGGACAGUCAUGUGACCCUAUGCAGCUUAUCCCAUGCGAGGAGGCCAUACUGAAAGGCUCUAAGCCGUCGGAUACAUGUUGCACCAGGCUGAACCAGCAACAACACUGUGUCUGCCAGUACAUGAAGAACCCCAAUUUCAAAUCUUUCCUCGACUCACCAAAUGCUAAAAAAAUCGCCACUGAUUGUCAUUGUCCUAAACCCAAGUGCUAGUCUAUCUUCAUCUUCAGUCUUUUGUUUUCCAUGCUUUAUUGGAUUUGCUGUCGUUUUGUGUCAAGUUUGAUACCCAUAAUGUUUUAAUGGUUUUCUUCAUGGUUCCUACUUUGAUUAAUGAUUUUUCUGCAAGUGUUCGUCUUCAAAAAAUCUCGCUUUCUGUGACAUAAAUCUCAGAUUUACUAAUAAAUAUUUGGCUGAUAAUUCAAUUAAGAAAAGAUCUAUCAUCUA